AUGGCUCUCAACUCGGACGCUGAACAGAAAUCGAACCUGGUCCUCCGCGUGGACCAGGAUUCUGACUCGGUUCUACAGUCAUUGUUCGACACAGUGCUUAAGCCGGACUCGAAACGACCGCUACAGGUGCCUCUCCGAAUGCGACAGCUUCCAAAGUCGUUCUUUAACCCGCCGUCAACCGGUUCCAAGUCGCCAUCUGUGUCUCACUCGCGAGAAAACUCGGCUGACUCGGCGUUCGGAUCGUCGUCCGCGACUGGCGCCUCACCGGUGUCGCACUCUCGAGCACAUUCGUCACCCGCAAGCUUGCAACAAACUUAUGCCGCUGGACAACAAAACCAACAACCGCCACUCCACCACCAGCACACAAAACAGAGAUCCUAUGAUGUUGGAACACAUAUCCCAGAUGAUCUUGGUCCACUCCCACCUGGUUGGGAACAAGCACGGACACCAGAAGGACAGAUAUAUUAUCUUAAUCACAUAACGAAGACGACGACAUGGGAUGACCCUCGGAAAACCCUUGCGGCGCAGUCGGUGGCUGGCAGUGUGCAGCAUCAGAGCACAGACGCGCUGCUUACACAGGCUGCCACACCGCAAAAUAUACCCAACACACCUGCACCAGCAGCGAAGAGUACAAGUAGUAACACAACGACGGAUCCACUAGGGCCCCUGCCGGAGGGUUGGGAGCAGGCCGCGACGGCGGAAGGAGAAAUCUACUUUAUAAAUCAUGCAGCUCGCACCACAUCCUGGUUCGAUCCAAGGAUACCACAACACUUGCAGCGCACGCCGGCUGCGGGCGGGGCGGUACCGGACGGUGGUUGGGCCAACACCUCGCUGCAGGCGUGUCAGCAGAAGCUGCGGCUGCAGUCGCUGCAGCUCGAGAGAGAGCGCCUUAAGCAGCGCCAGCAGGAGAUCAGACUCCAGCAAGAGCUUAUAAUGGCAAGGCAGUCGUCGUCAAUCGUGUCGUCACUGGCGAACAGUACGGGUGUUACCAGUACGGACUUGCCGCUGGAUCCCUUCCUGUCAGGACUUUCAGAUCAUCAGCGGCAGGAGUCAGCUGACAGCGGCCUAGGGAUGGGUGUUCCGCACUCCUACUCGAUGCCACAUACGCCAGAAGGUUUCCUCUCUGGCAUGGACGACCGCAUGGACUGCACUAGCGAGGCCGGCGCCAACCUAGACUCCACCGACAUUACGCUAGCCGACAACCUCGACUCUACUGACGACUUGGUUCCUUCUUUGCAAUUGAACGAGUUCACCAACGACAUACUCCUGGACGAUGUGCAAUCGCUGAUAAACUCGACGCCGAGCAAGCCCGACAACGUACUGACGUGGCUGUAG